AUGUCUUCUACCAUCGGGGCUUCUGCGCUUGCGCGCCCCAUUGACCGCGACAUGGUCGACACUAUCAAUAUUGACAGCAACAUCAACGACGCCAGCCACUCGAUUGACAACAUCGCCAUUGAGAUGAACUCCGCCAACAUCGACACCACCCUCAACGCAGUCAUAGGGAUGAUCAUCAUCUCGGCCCUGACUGGCAACACCAUUCUCGCUAUUCUCGGCACCUUUCUUCUCAUCAUCGCCGACCGGAUCACGAAACCCGACACCAUCAUCACGGAGGUCACUACCAUCACCGAUGCCGCCAUCAUUGCGACUAACAUCACGAACUCGGACUCGGUCGACACUCUUCAGGUCCAUAUCCGCAGCCAAGAUUUUGAUACCUCUAAGGAUCUCGACACUAUCACCACUGUCGGCCCCAUCGAGGAUGCCCCGAACGACAUCGAGUCUUCUGUUAUCGUUGUCCCCGCCGACUCGAACGUCCACUGUUGUCACCAUGACCGCCCGACCUUCGACAUCAUUGAGUUCGCGGCUCCCACAACUUCUCCUAUCAACGACACUAAAUUGACGACCAGCGAUAACGACUCCUUCGGCGGCCUGGCUUCAGAUGUCUUCAACUACACGGCCUUCGAGAAGCAUUUCAAGGAAGACAAGAUGUACUUCGUCCAAACCCCUCCUUCUAACGCCGCCAUCACCACUGGGCCCAAGGCCAAGCUUGUCAUCCCUUUGCAAAGGGAUAUCAACCAAGCGGUCCGCUUUGAUCCCAAGCCUCUCUGCAUUCCCGUUUUCAACGAGAUCUGCAAGCUCUCCAUCAUCGUCGAAGUGGACAAGGAAGAGGAAGAUAUCGAGUAUCCGAGGUCGUCUAGCAAAGCUGAUGACAGUCUUGCCGAGCUGGAGGAGUUUUCUUUCACUGAGCAUGGUGUUGAGCUUCCUCAGCUAUCCGACCAUUUCGAUAGCAGCUUUAACGAGCUUGAGGAAUUUUCCGACACGGAGGAUAUCAUCGCCUUUGCUAAGAAGGUUAACCGACUUUGUGACGAAUUCGAAAAGGUCGAGUGCUUCAGCGACCCCGUGGAGCACACCAUUACCCUUGCUCGCGACAUCGACGCGUCAUUCCAGAAAUGGAACGAAGAAGAUCUCGGAAUGUUUUCCGACUCAGAGGAAGACGUGAUCGCUCUGGCAAAGAAGAUCGAGAUCAACACCCGGCCUGCGCCGCCGCCAACUCCGCCCGCAUCUCCGGUCCGUGCCGCAUCUCCCGCCCAUGUUACUGAGGGCCCAAGCUUCACGGAAUCCGGCUUUCUUGUUGACACUCCGGUUGCGACUCCGGCUCAGCAAACCACGAUCGGCUCACCUGCGAAAGUACCCGAGGGUUCCUCAACGAACAAAUUCACCGAAUCCGGCUUCCUGAUCGAAAGCCCGGGCAACGCUUCGGUCCACGACACACCGAUCGCCCAACUCCCCAAGGGCUCAAACAACAAAUUCACCGAGUCCGGCUUCCUCAUCGACAGCUCGGACAACACCUCAAUCCGCCAUGCACACGAGGACUUCGCUGCCCUUGGCCCGAUGAUCUUCACGAGUUCUCUGGCCCCGCAGACCCCAAUCGGCCCUCCCGCCCAAAACUCCAAGGGGUGCUCCAACAAUAAAAACAAGUUCACGUCAUCCGGCUUCCUUAUCGAACCUGCGGACAACCCCUCAAUCCAUCAUGCGCCCGAGAACUUCGCGGCCCUUGGCGCCAUAAUCUUUAUGAGCUCCCCAGCUCCACAAACCCCCACCGGCCCGCGCGCCCGGAAGCCAAUCUUUGCCUCCCCAGUUGGAGAGCCGUUCUCACACACCCGCAAGGUGUCUAAUGAGACCAACUCUUCCGAAGAAACGAACGAAACGAAGGAAAGCAACGACACCAACGACACCACAGCAACGACUGUCACAGCGCCUGGCUCUCCCACAGCAAACAUCUACUCCGAUCAUGACGAAAGUUUCGAGUACCAAGCCAUGGCUGGAUUCACAAUCUGCCUCUCGGCCAAGAAGGGUACGGGUAUCACAUACGAUCCUACCUCCAUCGCUGUCUCUGGCGAGGGUAUCACGUACGACAGGAGACUUCUCAGGGACGACAGUCCCACGCCUUCGCCUAUGAGUGACCGAACCACCGACUCAGCACCACCAAACGAUCCGAAGGACUUUGAAACUCCCUACCACUAUUCCGAGGAUACUCCCGAGGAUAUCGAGAUCCUGGCUAUCUUGGAGCGCCCUAACGGUCCGAAGUACGCCAAGCUUAAUUGCGGAAAUUGGUACCUUUACCACGACGAUGGCUCGGUUGAUCAUAUGAACUGCGAGGAACAUGAAGAGCUGCUGGCAUUCAUCAUUGGGGAUGUGGCUUCGUUGCCUCUAAAGCUACAACAGUUUGCUAUCGACGCCGCAGCGAAGCACCUUAGCGAGAAAGAGCGCGUUGCCCAAGAAGAGCGCGUUGCUGACGAGCAGUCCAUUGUUGAAGAGGAGUCUAUUGUCGAAGAAUCCUUUGCCGACGAAUCCAUUGUCAAAGACGACAUUGCCGAGCAACUCAUUGUCGAACAACCAAUUGUCACGAAGGAAGCACCGUUUCCAUGGGACGAUGAGGACGAGGAGCCAGCGGCUACAACCACCGAGACUGCCGAGGUCAACAACAACGAGCAACAACCACUUCCCUGGGUCCCUUGGGACGACGACGAACCUAGCUUCUACGAGAAGGGGACUCCUCGGGACAUCCAGCACAGCGACGACUCCGAAGAAAGUUUCGCCGAGAUCAUCGACGACCAACUACCCCUUCCGAGGGUUCCAUGGGACGCCGAACCCGAAGCUAGCAAACAACAGGAGGAACCAAUUCUGGAGAUACAAACCACCGAACGAGUCACCGAGGACAUGACCACGGAGUUUGCCGUUGCCGAGGAGAGCAUCCUCGAAGAGGAGGAAUCCAUAGUCGAAAGAUGGUGGACAGCGGCUGAGAUGCCGCCCACCUGGGAAGUCAUCGAGCACACCCCAUGCCCUGGCGAGAACUCAUCCUUCGCAGAGUACGUCAGAGGCAGCGACGACCAUUGGUACUUCCGCCUCGCCGGGCCCGAGUACAGGCCCCUGGACGCCCGAGAACUGCGCUGGUUCCUUAGCUGGCGCUAUCACUUUCGCCCGACCAACACCAUUGUCGAGUUUGGAGAGGAGGAUUUCUUCUGA